AUAGAAUCCACUUAUUAACAGUUUGAAGGAUUCCAAUCAUGAAUAAAUUAGCACCUAGUAAAAGCACAGUUUAUGUAUCUAACAUUCCAUUUAAUUUAACUAACAAUGAUUUGCACAAGGUAUUUGAAAAAUAUGGAAAAAUAGUCAAAGUAACUGUGGUCAAAGAUAAAUUAACACGGCAAAGCAAAGGUGUUGCUUUUAUAUUAUUUUUAAAUCGCGAAGAUGCAAAAAAUUGUGUUCAUGCAACUAAUGGCACUCAGAUGUUUGGACGUAAUUUAAAAAGUUCUAUAGCUGUUGACAAUGGGCGUAGUACAGAAUUUAUUCGAAAACGUCAAUAUACUGAUAAGAGCUUUUGCUAUGAAUGUGGUCAGGAAGGCCAUCUAAGUUAUAAUUGUCCUGAAAAUUGUUUAGGUGAACGACAGCCUCCAGCUAAGAAAAAAAAGAAAAAAAUUUUUAAUAUGAAUGUAGAAAAUAAUACUAAAGGACAAAUUUCUUGCCAAAGUUCAGAUGAUGAUACUGAUUUUUAUGAUAAAACUAAAUCAUGUUCAAAAUUUUCUAACAGUAAUCAUAAUGAUUUAUCGGAUCAGGAAACUUUAAGUGCUGUAAUCAAAGAAGAAUAUCACCAUUUUUUAUGUUUUAGCAAGAAAAAUAUUUUGUUCAAUCCAGUUCCACAGAAGUGAAAAUCAAAAAAAAGUACCGAAAAAAUUCCUACUUUAGUGAUGAAGAAGAACUUGAUGACCAUGAUUAGGAAACUCAUUGAGAAUUUUUUUCUUUUAUAUACAAUAUAAAGUGGAACAAGUUUCUUAUGUAAAUGAAUUGUACAUAUGCUGUUAAUAAAAAUAAUAUUACAUUUUUUUCUUCAGUUUAA